UUUGAUGCGAAAGUAACCUCGAAAACUUGUUUAUAUUCGCCUCAUUCACUUUAUUCAUCUAGAUCGGAGCGAUCAGCUGACGUUUGACAACUAGAUUUAAUCUGAUUUUCCGGAGAUCUGACAACAAUCUGAUUUUGUGGAGGGGUUUUUAUUUAUUCUACACAUGGGUGGUGGAUUUGCGCCUUCGACUUGUCCACAAGAUUUAUUGACUACAAUCUGAUUUUGUUAAUCAAGAGGAUUAUUUUCCCUGACAAUGAAUAUCUUACCGAAGAAAAGAUGGCACGUACGAACGAAGGAGAACAUCGCUCGGGUACGGAAAGACGAGGCAGAAGCUGCGGAAGAAGAGAGGAUUAAAAACUUGCGAAUUCAGAAAGCAGAAACAGAAGCGAGGGUAGAUUUGUUAAGACAUCAAGCGAGAUCCAAGUACGAUGGUCGGGCAAAAACUGAAACCAGUUCUACCAGCAAGAAGUUGGAACACGUCAACUUCUUCGCGGAGCUCGAGGAUGGAAAGAUUGAUUACAGUAGACCUAACGCGGAACACGAGAAGGAAAAGAAGGAAGAGAAAGAGAAAUAUGAGAAGCAAAUUGGAUAUCUGACGUAUCUGGGACAAGAUACUAACGAAGCAACUGGUAAGAAAAAUUGGUACGAGGAAUUACCAAAGAGAUUAACGGACACAGAGAAAGAUGUAGAGAUAGGGGUAAAGAAAAAAAUCUUGGACGAUCCAAUGAUUGAUAUGAAGAAGUAUCUCAGGAUUAUGCGUUCUGAAUCUACUGAAGAUCAUUUAAAAGUGAAGACACAGGAUGUGAAAAGGAAGCAUUGCGAUUCUGAUGGUUCUCAUUCCGAUGAAAGGCACAGUGCGCAUAAAAAGAACAAAAAACACAAGAAGAAGAAACAUAAACAUUCAGAGAAGGAAGAAAUUAAGAGUCAGAGUAGUACGGAUAUAGAAAAAUUAAGAGCAGAGAGAUUACUCAGGGAGCAAAGUGAAAAGCUGAGGACUGAAGCACUAUUGGCGAAAGUGAGAGGUGAACCGAUGCCCGUUGUGGUACCGGAAACUCCUAAACUUGCCAUAAAACAGAAAUAUAACUCGCAAUUCUUCCCCGAAAUUGCUAGACAAAAUGCAGAGAGAACGCCGAAAUUUUCUAGACAAAAUGUAACAAGUCCUUAAAAUAUAUUAGUAUUUCUACAUGUCAAUUCUGAAGAAUUGUAUUAUAAUUAUAGUUUUAUUAUCUAUUACUCUGUAAUUUUACACACACACAUACACCACAUAUAUAUGU